UGUGCUGGGGAGGGAAUAUUGCAAGGUUUCCAGCAUGUUUUCACUGUGCAAGCAACCGCACGAAGCGACAGCGGUAGAAUUUUCGCUAACGUGCCAUUUCUUUAAUCACAAUGAAAAAUCGCUCGUUACCGGUGGGGCCAACGUGCUCAAGGUGUACCGUGUCAUCCCGGAUGCGGAUCCGGCCACUAGAGAUAAAUACACAGCAUCACGUCCACCGAACAUGAAGCUCGAAUGUGUGGCCUCGUACCGGCUGUACGGUAACAUCAAAUCCAUGCAAUCGGUAUCGCUUGCCGGUUCGUUGCGGGAUGCACUGUUGAUCAGCUUUCCCGACGCGAAGCUGUCGGUGGUACAGUUCGAUCCGGACAACUUUGAUCUGAAAACGCUUUCGCUGCAUUACUUCGAGGAUGAGGACAUUCGGGGCGGUUGGACGGGCCAUUAUCACAUACCGCUGGUACGUGUCGAUCCGGACAAUCGGUGUGCGGUGAUGUUGGUGUACGGCCGGAAGCUGGUGGUGCUACCGUUUCGGAAGGAUAGUUCGCUGGAUGAGAUUGAGCUGCAGGACGUAAAGCCGAUAAAGAAAGCACCGGUACAGCUGGUGGCGAAAACGCCCAUCCUAGCAUCGUACAUAAUCGAGCUGAAGGAUUUGGACGAAAAGAUUGACAACGUUAUCGAUAUACAGUUUCUGCACGGAUACUACGAACCUACGUUGCUGAUACUUUACGAACCCGUUCGAACGUUUCCGGGUCGAGUCGCAGUACGCUCGGAUACCUGCACAAUGGUAGCACUAUCGCUAAAUAUCCAGCAACGUGUUCAUCCCGUUAUUUGGACGGUAAAUAGCUUGCCGUUCGAUUGUAUACAGGCGAUACCGAUCAACAAACCGAUCGGUGGAUGUUUGGUGAUGUGCGUCAACUCUCUUAUAUACCUCAACCAAAGUGUUCCGCCGUACGGUGUUAGUCUCAAUAGUAGUGCGGAUCAUAGUACUAGCUUUCCCCUGAAACCACAGGAUGGUGUGCGGAUCAGUCUGGAUGCGGCACAAGUGUGUUUUAUCGAACCCGAGAAGCUGGUUCUUUCGCUGAAAGGUGGCGAACUGUACGUACUAACGCUGUGUGCCGAUUCGAUGCGUAGUGUGAGAAAUUUCCACUUCAACAAAGCGGCCGCCAGUGUGCUAACGAGCUGUAUCUGUGUAUGCGAGGAUGAAUAUCUGUUCCUUGGUUCCCGGUUAGGCAAUUCGCUGCUGUUACGAUUCAAAGAGAAGGACGAAAGUUUAGUAAUAACGAUCGACGACAGUGGUGCCGUGGAGAAGGAACCGAAACGUCCCCGAAUGGAAGAGGAAGAGCUGGAGGUGUAUGGGAGCGGUUACAAAACGUCCGUUCAGCUAACGAGCUACAUUUUUGAAGUGUGCGAUAAUGUGCUAAACAUUGGUCCGAUCGCACACAUGGCUGUGGGGGAGCGUAUCCCGGAGGAGGAUGUAGAAAAUCAGCCCGAUGUGCAGAUUCAAUCGAACAAGCUCGAUAUUGAGGUGGUUACGUCGAGUGGACACGGUAAAAAUGGAGCCCUCUGUGUGCUGCAGAGUUCGAUAAAACCGCAAGUUAUUACAAGCUUUGGAAUGUCCGGAUGUGUCGACGUUUGGACGGUGUUCGAUGAAGCGGUAGGACGCAAAACGGAAGAUGGACCUUCGACGCACGCUUUCAUGAUACUGUCGCAGGAAACGGGUACGAUGGUGCUGCAGACGGGUGACGAAAUUAAUGAGAUUGAAAAUACGGGCUUUGCCACCACUGUACCAACGAUCCAUGUUGGAAACAUCGGGUCGAAUCGAUUCAUCGUGCAGGUGACAACGAAAUCGAUCCGUUUGCUGCAAGGUACGCGACUGUUGCAAAACAUUCCGAUUGAUCUCGGAUGUCCGCUGGCGUCCGUCUCGAUUGUGGAUCCGUACGUGUGCGUCCGAUCGUCGGAGGGACGCGUGAUAACGCUUGCGCUGCGCGAAGGCAAAGGAACGCCUCGGUUGGCGGUGAACAAAAACACCAUCAGUACAACGCCGGCCGUGGUCGCGAUCAGUGCGUACCGGGACGUGUCGGGCCUGUUUACGAAGAAGAUCGAGGAUGUGUACGAUCUCAGCAAGGGGGGCGGUGCAUCCGCUUACUCGAGCGGGUUCGGCUCGAUGAAACCGGAACCGCACAUGAAGAUCGAGGACGAGGAGGAUCUGCUGUACGGUGAGUCGGGACGCUCGUUUAAGAUGACUUCGAUGGCGGAUAUGGCGAUCGCGGGCAAAGGUGGUGGCAAUGCGGACUUUUGGAUGAAGUACAUGCAGCAGGUAAAGCCGACGUACUGGUUGUUUGCGGCACGGGAAAAUGGAACGUUGGAAAUCUACUCCAUGCCCGAUCUGAAGCUUGUCUAUUUGAUCACAAACGUUGGAAACGGGAAUAAGGUACUGUCGGAUUCGAUGGAGUUUGUACCGCUGCCGAUGGGGAAGGGUGCAGGGCAGGAGGAAGCAAGCAGUGCGUUUGGGACGUCGUUUGGCGUGUCUGUGUCGCUGCUGCCGAAAGAGAUACUUAUGGUGGCGUUAGGGAAUUAUGAAUCACGUCCAUUGCUAUUUAUACGACUCGAGCACGACCUGCUGAUAUAUCGCGUGUUCCGCUAUUCGAAAGGACAUUUGAAAUUACGCUUCAAGCGUCUUUCGACUAGUGUCACGUGUCCUGUGUUUAAAACUGUUCCCGCUCGGUUUGCCAAUCUCGAACCACCUGCAACGGAAGAUGGCGCUGCGGCCAGUGAUUCAACCACAACCAACGGUCAACUAGCGACAAAAGUGCUGUACGAAAACAUUUCCAUGAUUCGCUACUUUGCCAAUGUGUCUGGAUAUGCUGGAGUAGCUGUCUGUGGGGAAAAGCCAUACUUCCUCUUCCUGACCGCACACGGCGAAUUACGAUCGCAUCGGUUGUAUGCACGCACGGUUAUGAAAGCAUUCGCCCCGUUCAACAACGUCAACUGUCCGAACGGAUUUCUUUACUUCGACGAGCAGUACGAGCUAAAGAUUUCCAUCUUUCCGACCUACCUUUCGUACGAUUCCGUGUGGCCGGUACGUAAAAUCCCACUGCGCAGCUCACCGAAACAGAUCGUGUACCAUCGGGAGAAUAAGGUGUACUGUGUCGUGAUGGAUGCGGAAGAAAUUUGCAACAAAUACUAUCGCUUUAAUGGCGAAGACAAGGAACUGACGGAGGAGAACAAGGGUGAACGAUUCCUCUACCCGAUGGGGCACCGAUUUUCGGUGGUGCUCGUUACACCGGCAGCUUGGGAAAUUGUUCCCGAGACAUCGAUAAACCUGGACGAAUGGGAGCACGUGAUAGCGCUGAAGAAUGUGAGCCUAACGUACGAGGGUGCUCGCUCGGGGUUGAAAGAGUACAUCGCUGUUGGGACGAACUUCAAUUACAGCGAGGAUAUAACAUCCCGUGGACGAUUGCUACUGUACGACAUUAUUGAAGUCGUACCCGAGCCUGGCAAACCGCUAACAAAGCAUAAAUUUAAGGAAGUGAUCAUCAAAGAUCAAAAAGGCCCCGUAUCGGCUAUCUCGCACGUGUGCGGCUUUCUGGUAGGUGCCGUCGGACAGAAGGUGUACCUGUGGCAGAUGAAAGACGACGACCUAGUCGGUGUGGCGUUCAUAGACACGAACAUCUUCGUACAUCAGAUGGUAUCGAUCAAAUCGCUCAUCCUUGUCGCGGACGUGUACAAAUCGGUCAGUUUGUUACGCUUCCAGGAAGAGUAUCGAACGUUGUCGGUUGUGUCGCGCGAUUACCAUCCACUCAAUGUGUACCAGGUGGAGUACGUGGUGGACAACUCCAACCUCGGGUUUCUCGUGUCGGACGAUCAGAGCAAUCUGAUCACGUACAUGUACCAACCCGAAUCGCGCGAAUCAUUCGGUGGACAGAGACUGCUCCGCAAAAGUGACUACCAUCUCGGGCAGCAGGUAAACGCCAUGUUUCGGGUGCAGUGCGAUUUUCACGAGUCCGACGUGAUGAAGCGUACGCUCAACUACGACAAUAAGCAUACGACGUUCUUCGCAACGCUGGAUGGUGGUAUCGGGUUUGUGUUGCCGUUGCCUGAAAAAACGUACCGACGGUUGUUCAUGUUGCAGAACGUGCUGCUAACGCACAGUCCACACCUGUGCGGUUUAAAUCCAAAAGCGUACCGUACGAUUAAGCAAACGCGCAAACUACCGAUCAAUCCGAGCCGGUGCGUAGUGGAUGGUGAUCUGGUGUGGAGCUUUCUGGAGCUGCCGGCGAACGAAAAGCAUGAGGUGGCGAAAAAGAUCGGCACACGCAUCGAGGAGAUUUGCUCGGAUUUGAUGGAAAUCGAGCACGUAACGCAUGCAUUGUAG